AUGCAACCGUCGGUGACGCACCAAUUCAAAAUGUCAUGGUGCUGGCCCGAAGCUCCUCUAAAUCCUACUGACGUGGUGCCAAACGGAGCUCGGCGGGUUAUUGGCUCCACAUCCAUCAUCGAGCUUCGAGGCGACCCACACCUUGAAGGGGGCAGCCGCCGCGUAGCUCUUGUCAUGAGCUGCGGUUGUCGCUUUCUGCUUCCACUGCUGCCAGAGACCCGCGAGAGUGCCGUGGUACGGGAAUCGGGGAUUUUCUGGCGCGUGCCAUCGAGGCCAUAUCAAAAACCGGCCCCGCCCCCAUUCGCCGAGCUCCUGGUAGGGCCACUGCAGCAAGUUGAAAAAGCUGCGAAACUCGUGGAAAAAGCAUUCUCCUCCCCCAAUGCACAGAGUGAUGAAAACACAGAGAGUGAGGAGGGGUCCGUGAAAAAGUCAUCAGGAACAUCGCUGCAGGGUUUGGGGAGUUUCUUUUUUCAAACUCUACCAUACCGCACACUGUGGCUAUAUCAGUUUUGCGAGUGUCUCCUCGUGUCGCUACCAUGUGAGGAGCGACUCCUGACGCUAGGCCUGCAGCAUGGGGAACGUAGCACACGCAUUACAUCGCAACUGUCAACGACAACCAUUGAGUGCAUCGGCUCCUUCCGUCUCCCUCCAUGCGUUGUCCCCCUUGAUGUUAGCGAAGUGUACGAACGCCCAUUUGUGGCCGUUGGAACUGUGUGCCAUGGCAUCCUUGUUCUUCUUCUUAGGGAGGAUGGCGUCUGUGUGAGCAUUGCGCACCGGCUUCCCCUCACAAGUAUCGCCACAUCGAUGUUCCCCGUGACGCGUAUUUGCACUGUCUUUCCUCCAUUGACUCACAACGACGACAAGAGCGGCAUACUCGGUGUGUGGGGAAGUAAGUCUGCCCGUGUCUCACAGUGCCUAGACGGCGCCAUUCUUUGCGCCUCGCCCUAUGAAAACCGCACAGUCGCCUUGAAGUGUGCAUCUGCAGGAGGUGACUGUUGUGGAGCCGAGAUGCCGCCGCCGACGAGGACUCUCGCCGGGUUUCUUUGCUCCACACCGUACUCAUCCCCUUCAUUUGGCCCACUAAUCGCUACGUUGGAGGGAAAGCUCAUGCAGGUUGUGACAGACGACGCUCUUCGACUAGAAGCAAGAGAAAAGACCAACAAAACAUCUCAAAGUGACGAAGGACGUCAACACUACGGUGCCUUUGACGCUGUUUGCCCUGAGGUGGCCUACGAUAACACCACACGGCCAUUGCUGGGUGCGACACCUAAUCACUUCUGUGAAGGAGGCGCAGUACGUCAGAAGGUGUCGCACUCAAAAUAUCAACCAAGAUUCAUCCGUCAUUGGUUGUGUAUGUCUACCCUUAAUCAGGAGUUGGUGCUGCUCGACCGAAAACUCACAAAUUACACAAAACACAGUACAAUCACCUUGAGCAUUCCAUCACCAGGCAGUGAGGGUGCCACGAGUGCAGUAAACACCAUGAAGAGCUCACAGUCAAAGGAAAUUCUGAAGGAGAAGGAUAGUGACAAGGAAGAUGAUACCCCAAGGGUGACCGUUGAACCCAACACAUACCCAGCCGCACUUGAGGACGGUAUUGCUGGUCUCUCAUGGCUAGUGGUGAACGACGGCGUGCUACAAGCGGUUGCAGCACACCACCAGAGCUGGCUUACUGUGGUGACGUGGAGAACAUGGAAACCUGUAUGCAGUCUUUGUAAAAAGUGA